AUGCAAGCCAAUACAGAAGAUGAAGGACUGAAGAAAGAACUGGCUUCUCCAACCAUAUCAUCCUAUGCUGUCAAAUCGCCUACAAACCUUCAUGCAGUUGUUGCGUCUAAUAACGAUGAAGACGAUGAUGGGGAUGAUGAUGACGAAGAAAACGAGGAUGACCUGGAAGAUGACGAAAAUGAGGGCGAAGAUGGUGAAGAACCGCCAGUAAAGUCAAGCAAAGGCUCAAUAGAUACGAAUGGCGCAGAAGACUCCGAGACGCCACAGCAGCUGGUCUGUUUGUGGAGGGACUGUAACACGCCGUUCGAGUCUAUGGUCGAGUUGAACGUCCAUGUUGCAGAGACGCAUAUUGGCAGUGGCAAAGCUUGCUAUAGCUGUGAUUGGCAAGGAUGUCCUAGGAUGAUGAAACCAUUCACUAAACGACAUAAAAUGUAUAACCACCUGCGGACCCAUACUGGCGAGCGACCUUUCAAGUGUCUUGUGCCAGGUUGCGAUAAAAAGUUUUCUCGACCAGACUCGUUAACCACACAUACUAAGACACAUUCUAAUGUUCGGCCUUACAUUUGUGCUGUCGAGGGAUGUCCUAAGGCGUAUUACCACGCUAGAUCUCUUAAGAAGCAUGAGCUUGCCCACGAGUCUAAGCAAGGUGGAGGAGUU